AUGGGGUGUCUCUUACUUGUUGAAACUGGUUUUGGGAUUUGGUAUGCAUUCCAUGCAGACAUGCUUGUGCAGAAAUUAGCUAUAGAUGAUGUUUUAUUGUUUAGUAGGGGUGAUUACCAUUCUGUUGAGCUUCUCCUUGCAACUUUCAAGGAGUUUUCUGAAUCCACAGGUCUGGAAGUGAAUCCUUACAAAUGCAAUAUGUUUUGCAGUGGCAUGGAUGAAGAAACAAUGAGAAAAAUCAUAAGCCUUUCAGGAUUCAGUGUUGGUAGCCUUCCGGUAAGAUACCUAGGUAUUCCCUUAACUUGUAAGAAGCCAAGCAUAGCACAAUACCUGCCUCUGAUUGAGAGAAUUGUUGGUAAGAUAAGACAUUGGACUACCAAGUUGCUUAGUACUACAGGUCGUAUCCAGUUAGUUAAAAGUGUGACCACUGCAGUAGCUCAGUAUUGGAUGAAUUGCUUCCCUAUUCCCAAAUGUGUGAUUCACAAGAUUGACUCUAUAUGUAGAUCUUUUAUAUGGGCUGGUAAAGAGAAAAGUAGAAAGAGCCCUGUGGCUUGGAAAACAAUGUGCAGCCCUAUGAGGAAGGUUGGUCUUAACAUCAUAAAUUUGGAAGUAUGGAAUAGAAUUGCAAUGCUGAAGUGUCUUUGGAACAUUAGUAUGAAAGAGAUAAUAUGUGGGUGUGUUGGGUCCAUGGUUAUUUUCUGA